AUGCUCACCGAUGCAUACAUCACCGGCAGUGCGAGUAAGAGGAGUAAGCGUCCAAGCGACUCCAAACAUCUCGGUAAACGGUACCUGAGGCGCACGCGAUCGAGCAGAACUUCUAGAAGAGGAGUACGAGACCCUGUGGGUACUCCCUGUGUAACCACAUUCCAUGCGGGAUCUGGCAGGAUCUGGCGGUAUGUGACGUACAUGGCUUGUGGGGUAUCGGGCAUGUUUCGGCAUACUGACUUUACCGGUACUUGCGAUUCAGUCCGACCGAGCGCAUCUAUGCUACCCCUCUUCCUCCUCCCUUUCCUCCUGGCCUCUGUCUAUGCCUACCCCAUACCUGCGGCCCCCGGUGCAGCUCUCACCCGCCUCGGCCGCACCCGGUCCCGGUCCCGCCUCCCCCUCGGCAUACCCUUCAUCCCCUCCCAACCACGCCGAAUCGGUCUCCUCGGCAGACUCGCUGGGAGCCGUACCGAGGCGCGAGCAUCUGCAGUUCGCGUACACCACAGCCCGGACACCGUCGAAACCUGGCAGCUCAGCGAUGGGGCAUGCGGGGCGGAGAGCAGGAGGUCAACCGGGCGCGGCUCAGCUUCGUCGGCGGCGUUGUCGAGGGAGGAGAUGAUUGAGAAAGCGUGGGCGGAGCUACUCAGCCCGCCGGACACAGCGGAGGGUGUGCGGAGUUGGUUUGACGAGGAGUUUGUCGGCGAGCUAGAGGAUGAGCUCAGUGAUGGUGAAGCGGAGGAGAUGGAGCAGGAGGUCGGGGACGAGACGAGCUGGUGGCGCCGCUUGGGGCUGGGAGGGGGAUCAAGGGAGGAAGGGGACACGGAUGGGGGACAAGGCUGGGAGGAAGAGGAGAUGACUACACCAUCGUCAUUGUUCGGCGACGCGGAUGAUCAACGCGCUCAAGCGCGCUUCGGCGUGGCCCCGUCGCAGACCACUGGCGGCUGGGUACAGGGGGCGGAUCACGAGUGGUACCUUGUCCAUCACGAGUAG